AAGUUAGUUCAAUUCAACUCUCAGCGCCCAGCCUACAGCCUCCAGGUGUGUUUUGUUUUGCAGAUCCAACACUCUCUCUAUUUAUAUCCAACUCUACCAUCUCCCACUUCCUUAUUCUCAACCCUUUUUAUCUUUUCAUCAAUUCAAUUCAAACCACGCCUUCCCCUGUUCACAACCUUGCCCACACACUGCAUUGUUCUAAUUAAACAUGUCACCCUCACUGUUACCACCAUCACAACACAACCACCAUUUCUAACUCAACAACAACCAAAAAAAAAAAGAUUCUGGAGCAUCAUUUCUUGGAUUCUGGUUCGCGUUGGUCACAUCCAUCAAACACCCCUAUACUCUUUCUUGGCGUGCGUCAGGUAUUCAUUUUUACGGCAACCCUGACAGAGUAAUAAGACAGUUACCGUGUUGUACGUGUCCUUCAAACGUCACCCACUUCAACACAUAAACCAUCGUUUUUCCCACCAGAUUUAUAUUCAUUCGUCGUAUUUAAACCCACCACACCAACCAACCAUACAUUAUCGUUGCAAUUGUUGUUACAAGCUUAGGUUAGGGUCUGUUUGGUGAUAAUUUAGAAUCUUAGAUGGGGAAUUGCCAAGCUGCGGAAGCGGCUACGGUUGUGAUUCAGCAUCCUGGGAACAAGAUCGAGAGGGUUUAUUGGUCGCUUAGCGCACACGAGGUUAUGAACUCGAAUCCUGGGCACUAUGUUGCGCUUGUGGUGUCCUCGCCCACGCUCAAGGCCGAGAAUGGCGCUCCGAUGAAGCAGCUUAAGCUUCUCCGACCCGACGAUACUUUGCAUAUUGGCCAGGUUUAUCGGUUGAUCAGCUUCGAAGAUGUGUUGAAGGAGUUUGCUUCCAAGAAAUGUGGUAAACUUGGGAAAUUGCUCAAGGAGACGGGUAGUCAUGGGAUUCAGAUGAAGCACAAGGACUCUAGAGCUACAAAUCCUAGCCCAAAUUCCAAAACCGAAUUCGGUUCCAUUAAGGUCGAACAGGAGAUUCAACGAAUGGGGAACCAUGGCAGCAGCAGCAGCAACAACAACAAUAACAAAGGUGUUGGAAGGCAUUUCGUUGGUAGUGGUGGGCAAUGGAGGCCAGCCUUACAGAGCAUUGCAGAAAUUGGAACUUGAACACACUAUUAUUAUAGCCCCCACUCCCAUGAAUAAACCAUGCAGAGCAACAACCGACCCUAGCUUCCUUUCAUUUCACACUUUCCAAUGCAUUCACAUUGCCCUUCUCCUUAAUUUAGUAGUAGUUUACUAUACGUAGGGUUUGUGUUUGUUAAACGUAUCUCUCUCCAUCGAAGGACAUGUAUACAUCUUGAUCAUCAUGACCGUACAAUUAGACACAUUAGCCAACUUGUUGCUGAAUAGUAUCAUGGUGGUUUGCUUAAUUUGUUAAAACAAUUAAACUGUUUUCUAAGUUGCCUAGAUUGGUAUGGUAUUAUGUUAGUGUAUGUGUAGCUUUGUUUGCCUUGAAAUUUUAGUAGUUGAUCAGUUUA